GCCGAAAUGGUCUUAAAUAGGGAGGUAAUUUGGAAUCUUUUUUUGGUGAUGGCGUAAGCAGAGGUGUGAGAGAUAUGAAAGAAAUGAUGGGUAAUUGGACUGUUUGGGCAAAAGUACAUCCCGGUUAAACAAUCCCCUAUGGGAUGUGGAUCGAGCCGUCGACUUCGAGCGGUCACCCCGGUCCCACGCCCCUCCAAGGACAUGGUUGGCCCCGUAGCCGCCUGGGUGUCACACCCGUCACGGAAGCACUCUCUGCCUCUGUCCGCGAACGCGUCCGCCCAGACGGACGGACGCUCGCGGACGUCGGACACGGACGUACAGACGGACGUUGAGCGGACGCCAAUCAUGGGAUGGGACACAAGGGACGUGGAGACGCAGACGCCGAUCGGAUACUUCUUGCAUCCCAUACCGGACGGCUUCAACGACAGCCUGGACCGUAUCCUUGCCAAGGCGGACCAGUUCCUGCUCAUGCCGGACAAAUACGGCGGAGACCGGACCGUGCCGGACUACGGCGGGGCGGUGCGCGAAUACGACGUCGACCGCGACACCGUGGAGGCGUCCGUCCAGACGACGUGCGAACGGUCGGACGAGUCCACCCAGACGGAUCCGAUCCGCGGGUUCUUCGGCCUGGAGGCGAAUCUGCUGGAGGACGGAAGUUUCGAUCCGUUUUCCGAAGAGGAGAAGAGGAAUGAGGAAGACAAGAUAUUGGAAACAGCUUCCGAAAUGCUGUCCAUGGAAUCUCAGACAGAACCUGUCAGCAAAGCAAAAGCAGCAAACACAGCUGACAGCGAAGCCGCAGGCGUCUUAUACAUGACUGAGCUGCUUUCCCCUUUCGCCCACCUGGAAAAGGAAUUAGGAGACGCCCCCUUCGAGAUCCGAUCCGACAAUAAUCGGUGUCCGUCGAAAGAAGAGGUGAAAGACAGCAUCGCCAGGCUGCUGAUGGACGUGGAGGACAGCCUAUCGAGACACGCCGCAUUGGACCUCAGACUGACGUUGAAGGAAGUAGCCGUGCAAACGGAUAACGAUCCGAUCACGGACGAGGCCCCCGAGUACGCUGCACGUCCCCCACCCUGCAAGAAGUUGGAGAUGAUCCCCGAUAUGAGCGUUUUUGACGAGAUUGACAAGCAUGCUGUAGAGGCUCCGGAAUCCACAAAGUCAUCCCUGAGGAACUUAGUCAACUAUUUGUGCGCUGCAGCAGAAAAUGAGCUCUUCAAAGUGAGAGCUUUCUUCAGAUGGAUAUCCAACAACAUAACAUACGAUUGGAAGUACAUGGAUGUUAAACUCGGGGCUGAUCAGGUUCUACAGAAUGGAGAAGGCGUCUGUAAAGAUUAUUGCAAAUUAUUUGGAGAAAUGUGCAAGCUGGCUAACAUCCGGGUUAAACGAGUACAUGGUUUUGCAAAAGGCUUCGACUACCGGCCCGGACAUCAGUUCCACCCAGGAGAAGAUAUCACGCAUGCGUGGAAUGCUGUCUUCAUAUUCGGAUCGUGGAGGCUAAUCGACAUCACUUGGGGAACAGGCUAUACGGACCAUACGGGUAAAUUUCAACGCAAACUCAACGAACACUUUUUCCUAACUGAUCCAGAAAUUCUGAUUUGGACACAUUUCCCAUACAGUGAAAUGGAAAGCAACUACUCCAGAUGGCAGCUGCUCGACAAGCCCCUCAAGCUGGACGAGUUCAACGCUUUGCCGAAAGUGACACCGUUCUUCUUCGAGUACAACAUCCGGAUCCGGUCCCGACCCCAGAACCCAAUCGUCUUCCGGGUCCAGACCGAGCUCAAACUCACGGCUCACAAGCCCACGCGCUACAAGUACAAGCUGUACUCGGUGGAGGACCGAGAGAAUGGCGCCCUCAACAACUACGUCUUCUGCCAACUCAAAGAAGACAGACUCCUGGGCUCCUUCGCAAUUUCGCCUCCCACGGAGGGCAUGUACUACUUUAAGGUGUACGCUCGUCCAGAGUGGCAGAUGUACGAAGACACGACCCUCAAGAACGUGGCCAUUUUCUUGUUGGAGUGUGUACGUGCCAAGAAGCACGUCCAGCCGUAUCCCGUGCACGACGUGCCCUGGGGCCCCGCCCAAUCGUUCUUCGACUUCAAGAUGAAGCUCGUGAACCAGAUCGGCCCCACCAUCGUCACCUGGGGAGGCAAGAGGAAGCUAGUUCUCGAAACUGCUUCGGCGAUGCUCAUCACGCAACAGCUCUUCGAUGUGAGCGGUAAGGAGAUGGACACCAGGGGAAGCAUCCAAAGGGAAGACUCCGAUGUCCGAAUCACCUUCACCAUCACUCCUCCAAGGAUCGGCUACUACAAGCUCCUCAUUUUCGGCAUGCCCAAGCCCAAGUUGAAAGGCAAGUGGCGACUGCCACUGUUGGCUUCCUUCCUAAUCGACUGCAAGUUGACCAAGAAUCCGGGAGAGGACGACCCUUACAACGCCAGCACGAAGAAGGACAGCAAGAAGAAGAAGAUGAGGAUACCAACGGUCAGAUGA